AUGCAUUUGUCUCUUGUAGGCUUUAUAGCCACAGUAUCUGCACAUUUUGACCCUCAAGUCAACUUGUUCAGCUAUGGUCAACGGGGGCCGCUCGUAGGGACCUCCUUCGGCAUCCCUGGAGCCAACGCGACCUUCGACUAUGUGGUCGUGGGAGGCGGAACAGCCGGGUUGACGAUUGCCAGCCGGCUGGCCGAGAGGGGAUCUAACUUGAGUGUUGCCGUCGUAGAGGCCGGUGGAUUCUACGAAGUCGACAAUGGAAAUCUAUCUGUCGUCCCGGGAUAUUCAACCUACUUCACGGGGUGGUCCCCCGAUGACUACCAGUCCCUUGUCGACUGGGGCCUCACUACCAAGCCACAACCCGGGGCAGGCAAUCGCGCCCAUCAUUAUCCGCGUGGGAAGACCCUUGGAGGCAGUUCGGCCCGAAAUUUCCUCCUCUAUCAGCGGCCUACACUAGGCAGCAUGCAGAAAUGGGCGGACGAGGUAGGUGACCAGAGCUAUACGUUUGCCAACAUGCUUCCCUUCUUCAAGAAGACUGGUCACUAUACCCCUCCCAACCAAGGCGCCUAUACCCACAGGUCCAACACCCAGGCGGUAGAUGCUUUCAGCCCUUCUGGGGGACCUCUUGAAAUCUCAUUCAGCAAUGAAGUCGAUCAAUUUGGCACGUAUGCGCGCAAGGCAUAUAUCGCUCUCGGUAUGGACCAAAUUGAUGGGUUCAAUAGUGGCGAGCUAUUGGGUUCUGCGUAUGCAACUUCAACGAUAGACCCUAAGAAUGCGCACCGUUCAUCAUCUGAGUCUAGCUUUCUGCAAGCGGCCUUCAAUAAUGGCGCAGAUUUAGUGGUGUACAAGAACACCUUAGGACAAAAGAUUAUCUUUGAUACGGACAAGGUCGCUACAGGCGUUCAAGUUUCUACAGGUGGAAUAUUUGGCACUAGGCCGGUUAGUUUCACCCUGUCUGCUCGCAAAGAGGUGAUCGUAUCUACAGGGGCGCUUCAAUCUCCCCAGCUAUUGAUGGUCUCUGGAGUUGGUCCAUGCGAUGAGCUCUCCGCGUUUAGCAUCCCUUGCGUUAGCAACUUGCCAGGCGUCGGCAAAAACAUGCAAGACCACAUGAUGUUUGGGUCUUCACACCGGGUGAAUGUUCAAACAGCCUCGGCAUCAAUCAGCAAUACCACGCUCAUGGCGCAAUUUACGCAGCAAUAUAUCCAGGAUGCAUCAGGUCCAUUAUCCAUCUUCUCAUCUAGUUACUACGGUUGGGAGAAGCUCCCGGAGCCGUACCGUUCCCAGUUAUCGAAUCAGUCUAUUCAAGCCCUAUCUGCUGUUCCAAAUGACUGGCCGGAACUUGAAUGGCUUACCGUCGCUGCAUACCUGGGCGAUGGCUUCAACAGACAGACCGCUGAUCCUGCGGAUGGCUUUAACUAUGCCACUAUCAGCACGGCUCUCGUCGCACCGCAAUCCCGCGGCACAGUCUCCCUUGCAGGGCCGGACAUGUACACCCAGCCCACCAUUGAUCCCCAAUGGUUUGUUGAUCCAACAGAUAUGGAGCUCGCUGUUCAGGGAUUCAAGCGCGGCCGCCAGGUGUGGGAGAAGCUCGCUGAUCUAGGCGUUGCAGAUCCGGUAGAGUACUUCCCUGGGCCCAAUGUCAUGACAGACGAGCAGAUCCGCGACUUCAUCAGUCACACUUCAACGAGUGUCUAUCAUGCCUCAAGCACCUGUAAGAUGGGCCAGAAGAAGGACCCCAUGGCGGUUCUGGAUAGUAGUGCACGGGUCUAUGGUGUACAAAGACUGCGCGUCGUUGAUGCUAGCAGUUUUCCCUUUCUACCGCCAGGACACCCGCAGUCGGUGGUCUAUGCUCUCUCAGAGAAGAUUGCAGACGAGAUUUUGAGCUCUCAGUAGCAACAUGGCCUUUCAUUUUUGUGCUGCGCGUAUGGC